AUGCGGAGCCAGCUUCCCUCGCCUGCACAGGCACAUUACCGAUUAAUAGGCGUCGUGAAUCACAGCGGAACGGCAGAUUUUGGGCACUAUUACGCGUACUGCAAGGACGAAUACAACGCACAGAACAACUGGUUCGAGUACAAUGAUUCGUCGGUGUCUGCGGUGCGCGAGGGAGAAGUGGUGAAUAAAAACGCGUAUGUGCUGCUGUAUCGCCGUGCUGAUCUGGGUUCGGAGAUCUAUUCGACGAUUAGUUCGAUGAAGAUCGCGGCGGGGAAGAAGACGGUGACGAUGGAGGAUAUAAGGGAGAACUUUUUGAAGGUGGAGAAUGAAAAGAAGCUGGGACGCGAGCGGAAUGACGGCGUGGAUUGCGAUCGAAAGCAAGGCAUGGAAGUGCCGGACGACGAUGUGGAGAGUCCCAAAGCGAAAAACGACAAAGAAGCAAGCAAAGAGGAGACGCCAAGCAAAGCAAGGAAGUCGAGUCAGGAGCAGGUGGAAGGGAAGAAGCGGUUAUCCAAGCACGAACGCGAUCUUCUGAAAAAGCAACAACGCGAAGAGCGACGAGCAGAGCGUCGAUCGCAACGAAGGUGAGGAGUGUGUUGUUUGUUGUUUGUUGU